UGGAGGAAGGUGCAAAUAAUUCACAAGAUGAGGUUGUGACUUCUACAACCCUGAAUGAAUCCUAUAAAUGGUCAAGUAUAGAGAAUACCUCCAGCAGAAAAAAAAUGAAAGUUAAGAAGGGAUCAAAAGUCACAUUGCAUGAAUUACCCAUGUUGAAAAAGCUUAUCGAGGAGUUGAGUACUUCACCAGAUUCUGAUGAGGAUAACUCAGAAUCGUAA